GAAGGUAGGCAGACCCCGGGCCGCUGUGGGUUCAGUUAAUGUCGGUGGCUGGAUUGGAAAGGAGCCUGGGGGAGAGCAGCCGCGGUGUAUUCCUUCGCUUCCCGCUCUGUGGAGCCUUCGCUGCCGCCUAUUCGGAACUUUUUUUUUUUUUUAAAUCUCUCCGCCUAGUCCUCCCUGAGGCGAGAUGUAUGCCGGAGCCAGCUCGGGGCAUGGACAAGCAGAAGAUUUGUGUAACUUAUCAACCCUUGUCCUGCCAAUCACUGUUGGAGAUGUUGAUGGUCCUGGUGGAGGUGGACGUCUGCUGAAGGUUACAGUUAUUCCACCAUCUCCUCCUGCACCUACUACCACAAAUAUCUGCCCAUACACUCCCCCAGUGAGGCCAGGCUAUGGCACUGCAGGGAGGUCCAUCAAGCUUCAAGCAAACUUCUUUGAAAUGGAAAUUCCCAGAAUGGAGCUCUUUCACUACGAAGUGGAUAUUCGACCAGAAAAAUGCCCAAGACGAGUAAACAGGGAAAUAGUUGAACACAUGGUGAAGCACUUUAAGAAAGAAAUCUUUGGACCACGAAAGCCUGUAUUUGAUGGACGACGAAACUUAUACACGGCAUCCCUACUUCCCAUUUUGCAAGAUAAUCAGGUGGAGUUGGAAGUGACACUGCCUGGUGAGGGAAAGGAUCGUCUCUUUAGGGUUGCUAUCAAAUUUGUGACCAGUGUAAACCUUCGUGAUCUUCAUGAUGCACUGGAUGGUGUCAUCCCCAGUGUUCCAUAUGAGACCAUUCAGGCACUGGAUGUGGUCAUGAGGCACUUGCCUUCUAUGAGAUAUACUCCAGUUGGAAGAUCCUUCUUCACGGCAUCUGAAGGGUGUGCAAAUCCUCUUGGCGGUGGAAGAGAAGUGUGGUUUGGUUUCCAUCAGUCUGUUCGACCUUCACUAUGGAAAAUGAUGCUUAACAUAGAUGUGUCUGCCACCGCUUUUUAUAAAGCCCAGCCCGUGAUAGAGUUUAUGUGCGAGGUUCUUGAUUUCAAGAGCCCUGAAGAGCAAAUGAAAUCGUUAACAGAUUCUCAAAGGGUUAAAUUUACAAAGGAGAUAAAAGGCCUGAAAAUAGAAAUCACUCAUUGUGGACAAAUGAAGCGUAAAUACAGGGUGUGCAAUGUCACAAGGAGACCUGCAAGCAGCCAGACGUUUCCUCUUCAGCUGGAGAAUGGUUCAACAACAGAGUGCACUGUUGCACAGUAUUUUAAGGAUCGACACAAAAUAGUACUUCGCUUUCCUCAUCUGCCUUGUUUACAGGUUGGACAGGAGCAGAAGCAUACAUACCUACCUCCUGAGGUUUGCAACAUUGUGGCAGGACAAAGAUGUAUAAAGAAGCUAACAGACAAUCAGACCUCUACUAUGAUUCGAGCAACUGCUCGCUCAGCUCCAGACCGCCAGGAAGAAAUUAGUAAAUUAAUGCGAAGUGCUAGUUUUAAUACAGACCCAUUUGUAAGAGAAUUUGCCAUCAUGGUGAAAGAUGACAUGACCGAUGUCACCGGCAGAGUCCUUCAACCUCCUUCAAUCCUUUACGGAGGCAGGAAUAAGGCUGUUGCUACCCCUGUGCAGGGAGUCUGGGAUAUGAGGAAUAAGCAGUUCCACACAGGCAUUGAGAUUAAAGUGUGGGCAAUUGCCUGCUUUGCACCCCAGAGACAAUGCUCAGAGGCUCACCUCAAGGCAUUUACAGAACAACUACGAAAGAUAUCGCGAGAUGCUGGCAUGCCCAUCCAAGCAGGUCCUAUCUUUUGCAAGUAUGCCCAGGGAGCCGAUAAUGUGGAGCCGUUGUUCAGGCACCUAAAGACUGCCCACCGUGACAUCCAGCUAGUGAUUGUAGUACUCCCUGGAAAAACGCCAGUCUAUGCUGAGGUUAAACGUGUAGGGGAUACAGUCCUUGGCAUGGCAACACAGUGCGUACAGAUGAAAAAUGUGCAAAGAACCACACCACAAACUUUGUCUAAUCUGUGCUUGAAGAUUAACGUCAAGUUGGGAGGCGUAAACAAUAUCUUAUUGCCACAAGGCAGGCCUUCGGUUUUCCAACAGCCAAUCAUAUUCCUAGGUGCAGAUGUCACCCACCCACCAGCUGGUGAUGGGAAAAAGCCUUCAAUUGCUGCGGUUGUGGGUAGCAUGGAUGCCCAUCCUAACAGAUAUUGUGCCACAGUGAGAGUGCAGCAGCACAGGCAAGAGAUCAUUCAGGACCUAUCUGCAAUGGUCCGAGAGUUACUUAUUCAGUUUUACAAAUCCACACGCUUCAAACCAACAAGAAUCAUUUUCUACAGGGAUGGCGUUUCAGAAGGGCAAUUCCAACAGGUACUGCAUCAUGAACUGCUGGCUAUUCGAGAUGCCUGUAUUAAACUGGAGAAAGAUUACCAGCCAGGAAUUACAUUUAUUGUUGUACAAAAAAGGCACCACACAAGGCUCUUCUGUACUGACCGAAAUGAACGGGUUGGUAAAAGUGGAAAUAUACCAGCAGGAACUACAGUGGACACAAAAAUAACUCAUCCCACAGAAUUUGAUUUUUACCUGUGCAGUCAUGCAGGUAUUCAGGGUACAAGCCGACCCUCGCAUUAUCACGUCCUCUGGGAUGAUAACAGAUUUACCGCUGAUGCCUUGCAAAUCCUCACCUACCAACUCUGCCAUACGUAUGUGCGCUGCACUCGCUCGGUCUCUAUACCUGCUCCUGCUUACUACGCACAUCUGGUGGCCUUCAGAGCGCGAUAUCAUUUGGUGGACAAAGAGCAUGACAGUGCUGAAGGGAGCCACACAUCUGGUCAAGCUAACGGCAGAGAUCAUCAAGCGCUUGCAAGGGCGGUCCAAGUUCAUCAGGAUACGCUGCGUACAAUGUACUUCGCCUAACUUGCACAGGCAUCCACUGACAAAGCGUCACACGUGAAGGAUUCACACCAGGCCAGCUGCACUUAAAACCUUGCAUAUUUGCUAUGGGGGACACAGAGGAAAAGUGCAAUAUGUCAUAUCCCAAGAAUUCCCAUGUUUUUUGUAAUCUUUUUACCAGCCUUCCGUCCACUCCAUAUUACUGAACAGUGGGCUUUUAACCGUACAACCCGGGGGUUUCUUAAGAUGGAAGGGUUUAUAAAAAAGCAGGUUAAAACCAAAUCUUUUACCCCCCCCUUUUUAAAACAUAGCAGAUUUAAUCUCAGGGUUUAAAAAAUGCUAUGAAGAAGUUUAUCUAUUUUAAUAAUCAACUGUCCGUUUCCAGAUAAAAUGUGAUGGCCAGCUGGCUUUUAAAUUUUUUCAUUUUAUUUAUUUAUAUUUUUCUUUAAAAGGAAGAUGAGAGCGGCAUUAUUUUAAAAUCCCAAGCCUUAACGAUUAACUAUUGGUGGGUUAUC